AUGGGGUUCUCGGACGUAUAUAAUUUUUGGUUUAGUACUCCAAAGAAUGGGGUGAUGGUUUAUGCUUUUCUUGGAAAAUCUGGACUUACAGAACUUGUUGGUGCUAAAAAAAUGGCUGCUCAAUUAAAUUCAGAAUGCUUUAAUUAUUUAGUUGAUCAAAAUGUCACUGAUUUUGUCAACAGGGUUGAUAGUGAAUGGGUUUGGUUAAGGGUAUAUCACAAUGGUAGCAUUUCCAAUCCGCCACUUAGAGAACUUGAGGAUGCUGUAAGAAAGUUGCAAGUUGAUCAGAAUAAUGGUAGCUUGGUUUCUUAUCCUGAUUUCCUUGGUGAACUGGACAACAUACACUAUUUAAGGACUGGACAAUGUGGUUACAAAAGCAAUUGUAAGUUCAAUCACCCUUCUUUUGUUGGACAUGGAGAAACCAAUGGAGAAGAAUUUCCAGAAAGUGUUUGGCAACCUGAUUGUAUGCACUAUCUUAAGACAGGAACCUACAAAUAUAGAUUAUCCUGUAAAUAUUAUCAUCCGGCAGAUAGAAAUGGUGCUGGACAGGUUUUGUACAAUACUUGGGGCCUUCCUUUGCGACAGGAAGAAAAGUCAUGCUUGUCAGUCGUGCAAUUCUCUAGUCCUCCAUUUGCACCUGGACCACCCUUGCAGGGGUUUCAAAACUAUGAAUUUGUUAUUGUAUCAUCUCAAAGCAUGGUAUCUUCAAAUGGAUGGAAUACUUAUUUGGGAUGUCAUGUGCCUGUUUUGGGAUCAGAUCUUAGUUAUUACAAAAAUGUGGUGGAAUUAGGAUACAGUUCAAUACAUCCCUUGUCGUCAACAAUUAAUUCUUAUCUUCCUGAAAGACCAGAUAAACCAGAAUGCCGAAAUUACUUGAGUACAGAAAACUACAAAUAUGGAUCUAGUUGCAAGUACCAUCACCCUUGGGAUCGAGCUCCUCAAUGGACUGCAUACACUUUAGGCCCGCUAGGACAGUGA